AUGACGGACGUCACUUCAAAGGAUUCUGAUCGCGAGCCUGACCCACCCACAAAAGCCAUUGACAAGACCGGCGCCCGCUCCGGCAAGCGCGAGGCCCCUAAGCAAGCUCCGGCUGCCCCUGCGAACAAUGUAGGAGGAGGACGCGGCGACCGACGAGGCCGUGGCGACCGCACUGGCGGCUUCAAUGCCAACGAGAAUGCCUUCCGCGACCGUGCGACUGGCCGCGCGCAAAACCGUCAGCAGGAUGUAGGUGAUGAUGUUGGCGGUGGUGAGAAGCGUCGCGACCGUGGCCGUGGCCGCGGCGGUCCUCGUCGUGGUGGUGACCGCCACUCCCGUACUGCUGUUGGUGACCAUCAGAAGCAAGUGGGCCAUGGCUGGGGUGAGCAGACCGGAAGUGGUGAGUGGGCUGAUGAGAGAUCCGGCGAGGCGCAAGCCACCCAGGAGCGCAAGGAAGCUGCCUGGGAUGCCGACAAGAACGAGGCUUGGAACGAGGACAGCAAGCCUGUCACUAUUCCCGAGGGUGGCCAAGCCAUUGACGAGGCCGAGCCUGAACCUGAGGACACCUCCAAGUCGUAUGCCGAGUACCUCGCCGAGAAGGCUCAACAGAAGCUUGAAGGUCUUGGUCUCAAGGAGGCCCGCGCGCCGAACGAGGGUGCUAAGGAGGACAAGAAGUGGAAGGGUGCCAAGGAGCUCGUCCGCGCCGAAGAUGAGGAUUACUUCAAGGGCGAGGACAAGGCUCGCCGCGAGCGUGAACGUGGUCGCAACGCCAAGGAAUUCCUUGACAUUGACUACACCUUCAAGGAGCAAUCUCGAGACUCUCGUGGGGGUGCCCGUGGCGGUCGUGGCGGACGCGGUGGACGCGGCGGCGAGCGCGGCGACCGUGGCGACCGUGGCGACUUCCGAGGCGGACGCGGCGGCCGUGGUGGUCGUGGUGGCGAGCGCGGCGAGUUCCGUGGUGAUCGUGGUGACCGUGGUGACCGUGGUGGCCGCGGACCCCGUGGUGGCCGUGGAGGUCCUAUUGCCGUCAACGAUCAAAACGCGUUCCCCAGCCUGGGCGGCAAAUAG